GUUCGAGCAGCAGGUGCAAAACGGUCGGAACAUUUGGACUCCGCGGCGCCGCACGUGGAUUAAGGUGUGACACUUUUAUUUUAAACAGAUUGAUUUUUGUGACAGUGAUUAAAAAAGGAAGAACUUUGCCAAAGGUUUGUCGAAUCUGCAGAAUAAGUGAAAAUCAAAAUUGUUUGCUGAUUGGAUUAUGAUUUUCUAGUAAAGGAAUACAAAGUAUUACAAGGUUAAUCACACACAACGAUGAAUUCCAAAGCGGCACUGCUGCCGCUGAUUGCGAUCCUGCUGGGUGCACUCGUCGAGUACGCCCACGGUCAGGAAAAUGUCCAAACCCGCGUUGCACCGUCCCUCAUCGAAUGCUACAACCGACCGGAACUGUUCGAACGAGACGAACGGCUUCCGAUGACGAUGAACAUGCUGAUCGAGCUGAUCCGGAAGGUCGAGGACGUCCCGGAGUACCGGGUGGACAUCCGUCAGCUGACGAUCGCUCUGCUGCAUCGGUUCCGCCAGGAUGGUAUCGUGCGGGCGUCCGGGGUGCAGAACAUUGCUGGAGUGCUUCCGUUCAGUCCGAGUGGGUUCCACUUUACCAAGCAUCGUAUUCUGUUCUCGCGUUUGCUGCCCGGAAAUGCGCUGGGAUUCCCGAACGCAACGCUGACGGCCCAGGAGCGGUGUGCCCUCCACUUUAUGAUGUCCAGCUCGAUCGACACGAUGAUCCGCGGAGAUGAAGGUCAACGAUGCUCGCAGCUGUCCCAGUAUCGUGCCGCUCGUGUUCCUCGUGAACUGGACAUGAAAGACAAGUCCAAGCUGCGGUCCAACUACCUUGGCGACAUCGAGAUGCUCGCUCAGCCGGAAAUGAAUCAGAUCCGCAAGCAGAUCAAGAAGCUGAAGCAAUCGGCUCGACUUGAGAUGGGCGAGGACGAGGAACAGGCGGGAGAAGAUGAGGCGGAUUUGGCUGCAGUUGCAGAUGAGGAACCAGAAGCCGUGGAAGAUCAGGAGCAAGAUCCAGAGCAUGAAUUGAGCGCGGAUACCUCGCUGGUGGAUAUUGCUUCGAACGCGAUCAGCGCUUGUCCGGUAGAGAAUGGUGUGGUGUCCACCCGUUGGGGAACCGUGUCCGCAGGAACCGUUCUCGCUGGCAUUGCAGCUGGUUUGGAGCCUCAAUCUGUUCAGCUGCGUGAUUUGAUGCCAAGAAGUGGUCAGAUGCGUAGUCAAAUCCGUUCCCGUCAGCAGGUACAACCGAUGCGUGUUGACAAUCUCUGGGCAGCUACGAUUUCCGGUGACCUGGCUGAAGUAACCCUGCUGCACGUUCCAUCAUCACCGAACAACAUCCAGGUCGGUGCAGCUGGAGCUUGGAAUCAUACUGUCUCCCCACGAUGGUUCUUCUUGAGCCAACGUACGGCGCUGGAGAUGACCGACGCCGAGAUUCGCGGAGGUAUCGACGGACUCGUGCUGGCGACCAACAUCGCUGAAUGGCGCAAUCGUGCCAACACCCUCAGACUGAGCCAGCUGCUGGACAUGUACUACUCCGAGCGGGGUGUGUUUGGCUCGCCGAUGCGAUCAUGCAAUCGUCGCGAUCAAUUCUCCACGGUAGCACCUAUCCAAACCAUGCGCGAUCAGGCGGCUGCUUUCAGCAACAUUCUAGACAAGGAGAUGCAGAUGGCCUUCACGGUCGACCAGAACGCAAUCAUCCAAUUCUCCGGAUCGGCGGCAGAUGCGUUGGCAUCUUAUGUUCCAUCCAACCUUAACGAUCCGUCUUGUGAAGCAACGUCCAUAACUCCUAACGAUGAUACUGUUUGGCGAACUGCUGCCGAUCUGUUCAUAUACAUCGACAUGUCGUGGCCAUACAACGAUAUCUACUCCGUCGUCGGAAACUUGUUGGAUGGCGUAGACGUUGGACGCUUUGGUACCCGCUACACGGUUUUAAGCGCUCAAACUGGAGAAGUGAUUGUCAACAGUACCCUGUUCCUGGCCGACUUCCACUCGACCUUCACGCUGGCGUUGUAUCAAACACUCCAAUCCGGCCUCAACUUGCCCAACGUGAUCCGCAGUCUACGCGAGCACAGUGUCCAGCUGAUGACUACGGAACGGCAAACCGCCAGCAUGAGUGGUCGCUCGAAGAUCGGUCUUGUAAUGCCCAAUACGGCAGCCGUAAGUGAAGGGGACAGCAACUGGGCCGUCCAACAGUUGGCUAUUCUGCGCGAAGAAGUACCGGAUCUUCGCAUGUUGUUCUUCGCCGGAGGCAGCCAUACGAGAUUCAACCGAUUCGUUCGCGAAGAGAGUCGGGACGUAUUCCCGCUGCGUGAGCUGGGAUCCGGAGCGGUUAUCGACGCCGUCAACGUGCAGACUCUACCGGUGAUCCAGCGCAUCCAGCGUGAACCACGCCGUAUUGUGAACCCUCGUUGCGGAGGUGACUGGGUUCAGGCUGACUGGGGAUCGAACACGAUCAACCAGUACGUGGAACCGCAGGGGGUUGUGUUUUACCGGCUGCAUCCAAACUACUUCUUCCGAGCGGGUGAAAACCGACGAAUUCGCAUUCAGGGACAUGGCUUCGCACCGCUCACGGUGUGCCAAUCUCGAUGGGUUCAACUGCCAAGAUCCAACGCCACCCAGAACAUGGACGUCAUCAACUGCCGGGUCGUCAACUCCGACUCGGUAGACAUCGAUCUGUCCAAUGCGUGCGAUGGCCACACCGUUAUCCACAGCUGUCCGCCACUCUUCUUCUCGGUGGAGUUUGCAGUGCGUUCCCAGCAGAAUGGCUUCAGAUGUACGGACAACGAGUGCCGUUUCCCGGAUAUGGCCCGCUUUGCGGUAAUGGCGGACAACCUGGGCUGUUUCAGCAGUGCCGGAAAGGUGAUCAGCUCGUUGGUGGUGCUGUUCGUGGCUUUGGUGGCAGUUUUCUUCAGACAGUAGACAGUAUUUAAGAUUUAGAUUUACACCCGUUGUACAAUCCGUCUUUGUCGUGACAAACCAAUAGUGGUUCAUACAAUAGAGUCAGCGUUCCAUAAACGGUUACGAUUUUCUGUAUUUCAUUUCAUUGUAUUUUUAGAAUUUAAAUAAAGAUAAGGUUUCCCGGAAAA